AUGGCUGUUCUACCUUUCCUCCAGCGGGCCGCGAGUGAACCACACCGUCUUGCGAAGAGAUAUUAUUAUUACAGCUAUGGGCCUACGGUUGGAGGAAUUGUUGGAGGAAUAAUAUUCUUCAUCUUGAUAGUUGUUCUCCUCUUCCGACUAAGAAAGAGAAGGGUUGCUACUACCACCUACGUUGCGCCUCAAGCAUCGGCAGCAGCAACAGCAACUUCUGGAGCUCAAGGAAACCAAACCAACGUCUAUGUCAUGGGUCAGGGCGGGCCACUGCCACCACAACAAAUCCCCUUGCAGAACGCAAGUCCGCAGCCCUAUCCUCAGCCACCCUUCCCUCAGCAACAGCCAUACGGCCAGCAGCAGCAGCAGCCAUAUCCUUACCCUGCACAAUCCCCACCUCCAGAGCAACAACAGCAGUAUGGGUAUAUGUCAAACCAGGGUCCAGCACCACCGCAGCAGGCAUACGCACCGCAAGGUCAACCAGGUUAUCAGCAGCCCUAUUACCAGGGAGACGGCAUCUCUAAUCACCAGAUGGGAGCUCCGCCACCGAGCUACAAGGACCAAAACAAGGCUUAA